AUGUCUUACUCAUGCAUUAAAAGGCUUAAUUCGUUGCUUAUUCUCUAUAUAAUUUCAGCUUAUUGCUUGGAACAUUCUGAACAAAGCACAGAAUCUGGCUAUUACCCUACAAUAGGAAUACUGUCAACCCCAAUUGAGAAAAGAGAUGCUCAGUCUAAUUCCAAAUAUUCAAUGUUUAUCUCAGGCACAUAUGUAAAACAUAUAGAAUCUGCUGGAAUAAGGCCUGUACCUAUCUGAAACAAUUCAACAUAUAAAGAAAUUGAUUUGAUUAUGUCAAAAAUUAAUGGUGCUUUAUAUUUAGGACUUUAUUUAAUAGGAGGCAAAACACUCCUUGUUGCCAAAAAUGAUGAUGGCUCAUUGAAAUAUAGUAAAUACAUGAAAAAAGUUAUUUAUAUGAUAAAAAAGGCUAUUAAGAAAAAUGAUAAUGGGGAAUAUUUUUCAAUUUUUGGGACUUGUUUAGGGCUUGAAGUCCUUUUUAUAUAUGCUGCGAAUGAGUAUAUUUUAGAGAGCUUCAAUUCCACCCGAUAUAGAUCAAACUUAAUCUUCAGUGAAGAUGCUCCUUUUUCAAAAAUUUUAAAAAAUGCAGAUCCAAAAAUGCUUAAUUUUAUGGCCAAAGCUAACAUUACAUUUGAAAAUCAUGGAAAAGGCAUAAGUCCAGCUACUUAUUUAAGUAAAUAUUAUAUAGAAUAUCCAAAUCUACAAAAAAUGUUUAAACCAAUUGCAUAUUCUAGAGAUCGUCAAGGCAAUUUAAAUAUUGUUUUAGCAGAAGGCAACAAAUAUCCAUUUUAUGGGCUGAUGUUCCACCCGGAAAAACCAGCCUAUGAAUUUUUCUUUUCUACUAUAAGUCAUGAUUUUCGAGCAAUAGAAAUUGGGCAAUAUUUUGCUAGGUUUUUUGCUGAAGAAUUAAAAAAAAAUCCUAACUCCCCCCCUCUGUGAGCAAACAUAAAAAUUUUAAAUUUUAUAGAAUUUUUUUUUCGAAAAUUUAAAAAAAUCAUAAUUCGCAAAAAUUGGAAAGCAAAUAUUUAUUUAAUUUGUAAAAUUUAUGUGUUUUAAAAAACGCAAUUUGUUUAAAAUUACACAGAAUUAGCUCUAGUUUCAUUAUGCUAAUUAUCACUUAUAUAUCAAUUUUUUCAUUUUUCUAUUAAAAAAUUUUUGUUCGCUCACGGAGGGCGGGUUUUUGGGCAAAAAAUAAGGAUUUUUCUAAUGGUUUUGCUAGCUCACGGAGGGGGGAGUAAAAGAUUUAUAUAUGAGGAAGAAUAUAUAGAAUAUUCAUUACAAAAAUACGACACAAUAUAUCUACACAAUCCAUAUGAAAUCGUGUAUUUAGCUUAA